GCGAGGCGCGUGGCCCAGGCGAGGAGGGAAUCCCGGAACACGAGGACGUGUCGAGUUUUAUCCAAGCACUGCGGAGAGGAUGGAGGACUGGCGGAGGCGAGCAGGCAAGGGACCUGCAACGGAGGGGUCUUCCAAGAGGAAGGAAGGAGGAACUGAUAUGACUGCCACCCCAGCAAGAAAGAGGCUUCGCCAGCAGAAGGUGACUGAAGUCUACGGUGGCGAGUGGGUUGCUCGUCACAAGAAGGCCUUCCUUCGCUGGCUCUAUUCCAGCGGGGUCUGCUUCAAUGCCUUCCGCAACCAGGCUUGGAAGGCAUAUCAACAGGUGCUUCUUGAGCAGCCUGGCAGUUCCCCGCGCGCUGUGCUCCCCAACCACAGCGAGAUGGCGAGUAUGCGGGCGGUGGAGACCCACCGUGCGGAGCUGGUGGAGGAGUUGGAGGAGGUGAGGCAGCCAUUCUGGGUGACUGGUGCCACCCUCCUCUUCGAUGGGAGGAAAUCACGAGACGGGAGACCGAUCGUGAAUUUCCUUGCCGCUGGCUCGCGAGGGGUCCUCGUGUACACGACGAUCAAUCGAGAGGGCGAGCCAGACGAUGCAAUGCACGACCUUCAGAGAUAAUGGGAUCCUUGGUGGCAAAGGGUGGCCACCAUCGUCCAUAUCAUGCAGCCCGUCAUGGAGUUGCUUAGGCGGAUGGAUCGUGGAGGGCAGUACAUGAUCGAGUGGACACAGGAUCUUAUCCGCUGUGUCACGGACGCAUGCGCUCCUUUUGGGGAGUCGUUCGCCGACCGGAUCAUCAAGCGUGUGCAGGAUCGCAUACUGAACCCCCGCAGGCGACACAUUCGCUACUUUUCGGGCGAGGUUGAUCGGUACCAUGCUUGGCUUGUGGGGCAAGCCAAGAGGUACAUUAUGACGCAGACGGGUUUCGAGUUGGAGGGUGCGGAGUACAUCCUUGCAUGUCGGCUGUUUGAGGACUUCCACAUUCAGCAGGGCAGGUUUGGGGAUUGGGGCGGGGCGGAGGGGCGUGCUCGUGGGAGCGCGUGCAGCGGCGACGACGAGAUGAUUGAGUGUGCGUCUUCGUGGUCUCAGUUCGGGGCUGGUGCGCCAGAGUUGCAGAGGUGCGCUCUUCGGGUGAUGCACAUGUGGUCUUGCGCCUCUCCAGCGGAGAGGAACUGGGCAGUCCACGAGGGCAUCCACACGAAGAAGCGCAACCAGUUGGCCUUCGAGAAGGUCGUUCAACUCGUUGAGAUCACCGCAAAUGUGCGGUUGACGGAGUAUAGGCGGGUUGGAUACGGUUAUGUGCUACCAUGGCAGCGGGACGAGGGCAUGCUGGAUUGCAAGGCAGGACUCGAGGUGGAGCCUGUGCGCAUGGGCACGCGCAAGGGGAUGACGGAGGAGGAGAUUGCUCGUCAGGUUGCGCUUAUUACCCGGGAUCCCAUCGGGGCCUCCGCACCACCCUCUGUUGAUGCCGUUUUCGGUAGAUGUGCUUGCAUUUUUCGUCCCUACCCCAGGGAGGACGACUCGAAUGAGGAGCCUGCACUCCGCAUUCCCCGUGAGAUCGACGAGACGCACGACGAUCCCGACGACGAGGAGACGAGGGCACACACUGCACGACGGGCGGCGGACCGGGCGGACAGGGAGAUGCUGGGGGGAGAGGAGGAGUUUUGGGGCCCAUUCGGGGAGGUCGCUUCCACGGGCGGCACAGAGGCGCGGACGACGACCCCCACUCCGACGAGGCGGGAGUCGUCCAUGUUGCCACCUUCUGCUCCGAGUCCUACAUCACCAUCGCCUGUCUCGCCACUUCGGUCGGUCAUGGCAACGACGGACACAGAGGAGUUGGCGUCCUCUUUGCCUCCGCACGGACUUCUCCACAGAGGCGGGGCAGAGGAGGGGGCACCGUCCGCAGCAGCAGUGGAGGGGGGGAUGGCACCAGCGGCGGUGGCGGACGCGACGGUCGCAGCCGCGGUGGACGAGAUAGCAGCAGCAGCAGUGUUGGCGGAGAUGGCAGCAUCAGUGGUGGAGGAGGAGGCACCAGCGGCAGGAGUAGCAGCAGCAGUGGAGGGGCAGGUGGCAGCAGCAGGAGGAGCAGUUGGAGGAGCAGCAGCAGGGGAGGUGGAGGGGGCAGCAACAGUGGAGGAGGAGGCACCGUCAGCAGCUGUAGUAGAGGGGGGGGGUGGCAGGACCAGUGGAGGAGGAGAUAGCCGCACAGGCGGAGGUGCCGCGUAGGGGCGAUGACGAGCGCCUCAUGCAGCAGUUCCUCACGGAGGAGCUCGAUCCGGUCAUAGCGGGUAUGA